CAUGUGCAUACAUCUGUAAUCCCGCUCCGAUUAUAUCAAUCGCCGGCGGCACUCAAAGCAAGCCGCAUCCUCCUUUUCUCCUUCUCCAUGGCCUCCCAUUCGAUCCAGCCCGCGCUCUUCCUCGCCCUCCCCCGGGAGAUCCGCGACGAAAUCUACCGUUACGCAGUUAUCCGAUCGUCCCCAUUCUCCCUCUACGGCCACCACGCCAGUUAUCUUCCCACUCCGCUCACCACCUCACCGCAAAUUCAAUCCGAGGCCCUCGAGACCUUUUAUGCCACCAAUACUUUCACAUUGGAUCUCGAUACCCCCGCUAGUGCCACGGGCGGGUACACGGCCCAAUGGCACCCACCUUCUGGUCGCUUCUCCCAUGCACGCCCGCAUAUUCGCCAUCUGAUGGUUGACUGUGGGGAGCGCUACUCGGCAUAUACAGGGAAAGCGUACGAGGAAUUCAAGAGCCAGUCGGACGAUCGACAGCGUUGGGUUCAACUCUUGACGCUGCCUCGACUGGAGACCUUGACCAUUCGCAUGCAGAAGAUGCAUCAGGUCUCGCUUUUUACGCUAGAUUUCGGGCCCAUUGUAUACAAGUUACGGGCACUCCACCCGCGCAUCCGCAUAUCAUUCCACAUCUCGUUCGACACCAGACUUCGUGCAGCCUGGGACGAUCCCAUGUGGCAGGCCGCUGAACCACCCGUAACAGCGCCGCAUUAUCAGGAAAUGGGGUAUAUUGACGUGACCAGCUUGAUCGUACCACCCGGCGAGGAGGACCGCGCAUACGUCAACGAGUAUGUGCCGAGCGGCAAGAUGCCCGGACUGCCUUUGACGGAUCUGGGGCUGUUGGGGGAAACGGUCGCGAAUAGAAGGGUGCUGGGGACGCAUUACACGGUCAAGGAGCCGGCGCUCCUGAGGAUACAGAUGCAAGAGCAAUACGAGGCAUUUUUAGAGGCAGAGAGAGCCAGAGAUGCGGAGGGGAAACCUAAGGGAAUUCUACAGGCUUGUGUUCGAGAUGGAUUGGAUUAG